GCAGAUUUAGGUUCUGUUGUGGAUUCUGUUGAGGACGCAUUGGCGUAGCUAACGGGUUUUGCUGUUGUUCUUUCGGAACGGUUCCGAUCUCGGAAUUUCCCUACUUUAAAAGAUGGAUAUAGAGGGCGAGGAAAAGAAAUAUGUUGCGCGUGGUUUUCCAUCGGCUCCGACUGCCCAGACUUCUGUGACAACUACGGAAGUUAUUUUCUGCCCAUUUCUCGUGGAGCACAACAUCCCCCCGACUGCGGCAGACCAUUUUUCGCAGCUAGCAGAAAAGGAAAAUGCUUCCCGAUUCAAAACCUGCACAGGUGAACCUAGAAAAUAUGACCCCAGCUUCAAAGGGCCAACCCAAAAUAGAGGCUGCACAGACAUUAUUUGCUGUAUUCUUUUCAUCUUGGCUAUAGUUGGAUAUGUUGCUGUUGGAAUACUAGCUUGGUCUCAGGGUGACCCGAAGAAGGUGAUCUACCCGACAAACAGCAGAGGGGAAUUCUGUGGUCAAGUUGGAACUCCUUUGGAAAAGAAGCCCUACCUGUUCUACUUUAACAUACUGAAGUGUGCUAGUCCUGUUGUCCUCCUAGAGUUCCAGUGUCCCACCACUCAGAUUUGCGUAGAGAAGUGCCCUAACAGAUCCAUGACCCUGUUAAGUGCCAAUCUUAAUGACAAAGACUGGAAUUACUACAAAUCCUUCUGUACACAAGACCCAGGAAAACUGCCACCUCCUCUCAUCCUGCAACAAGGACUUUGUCCUGCAGUGGUCCUCUCUAGCAAACCAUUCACACGGCGGUGUUUCCCUGCACUUGGUAUACGUGGGAAAGAGGUCACUGUUGAAAAUCGUACCACUUUUGAAGAUGGAGAGGGCAGAACUCUACAAGCCAGUGACCUACUGCCCGCUGUAAAGAAUGCCACAAUAGUUGCUGAAUCUCGAAUGGUGGUGAUAAAGAUCUUUGAGGAUUUCACACAGUCAUGGUAUUGGAUAAUCCUUGGUCUGGUGAUAGCAACAAUACUGAGUCUGAUCUUCAUCAUACUGCUGAGGUUCUUGGCUGGAAUCAUGGUCUGGGUUAUGAUUAUCAUGGUCCUCCUCGUCAUUGCAUAUGGUAUCCUCCACUGCAGUUUGGAGUAUGUUCAUCUAAAGAACACCCCUGGGGCCAACAUCACCCUCAAGGAACUGGGCUUUCAGAUGGACUUGAAUGUGUACCUGCAUAUCCGAGAGACCUGGUUAGCCUUCAUAAUCAUUCUGGUAAUAGUGGAGCUCAUCAUCAUCCUGCUCCUUAUCUUCCUCAGAAAGAGAAUCUUAAUCGCCAUUGCGCUCAUCAAAGAAGCCAGCAGGGCCAUCGGUCAUGUGAUGUCAUCGCUGUUUUACCCUCUGAUAACCUUCCUUCUCCUAGCCGUAGUCAUUGCGUACUGGGCUAUCACAGCUGUCUUCCUCUCUACAUCCAAUGAGGCAGUGUACAAGGUGUUUAAUCAGACUGCGUGUAAUUAUUCAAGGAAUACCUGCAACCCUGAGAACUACACCACCUCUAAGAUGCAGAAAGAGUGCCCAAAUUCUCAGUGCCUUUUCGCUUUCUACGGUGGCGAAUCUGCCUACCACAAGUACCUCAUCUUCUUCCAGUUCUACAACGUUUUCCUCUUCUUCUGGUGUGCCAACUUUGUGACAGCCUUGGGUCAGAUGACUCUGGCGGGUGCCUUUGCUUCCUAUUACUGGGCGUUCAACAAGUCUCAUGAUAUGCCUGCCUGCCCAGUGUUUGCCUCAUUUGGCAGAGCUCUCAGGUAUCAUACAGGCUCUCUUGCAUUUGGUUCUCUCCUCUUGGCAAUCGUCCAGGUCAUCAGGGUUCUGCUGGAGUACCUGGACCACAAACUAAAAGUGGCAAAGAAUAAAGUUGCCAAGUUCUUUCUCUGCUGCCUCAAGUGCUGCUUCUGGUGCCUGGAGAAAUUCAUCAAGUUCAUCAACCGGAAUGCUUACAUCAUGGUGGCCAUUUACGGUAAAAAUUUCUGCACUUCAGCCCGAGACGCCUUCUUUCUAUUGAUGAGAAAUGUGAUCAGGGUGGCUGUUUUGGACAAGGUCACAGACUUCUUGUUGUUUCUGGGGAAGCUCCUUAUUGUGGGCAUUGUAGGUGUCAUUUCCUUCUUCUUCUUCUCUGGAAGAGCAAAAGGAGUGGAUUUUGUACCCAAUUUGCACUAUUAUUGGGUGCCCAUUCUGACCAUCGUUGUGGGCUCCUACUUUAUUGCCCAUGGCUUCUUCAGUGUGUAUGCCAUGUGUGUCGACACACUCUUCCUUUGCUUCUGCGAGGACCUGGAGCGCAACGACGGCUCUGCGGCUCGACCAUAUUACAUGUCGUCGACGCUGCACGAGAUCCUGUCGAAGAACGCCGAGGAGCCUGCUGUUAAUUCUCCAUCUUCGCCUCUGGAGGAAGAAGUCCCACUGAGAACACAAAAGGCCUCCAUGGAAUGAGACUAGCAUGCAGUGUCAUUGAGCUUCCAAAGAUUAGUCAUUCUGUCCAAGUUUCAUUUUUGACUAUCAUGACCUAGAUUAUCGGUACCUCUAUCUGUCAGUCUGUUCAAUCUGUUACUGUUAUAAUAACUGUGUGACCUAAUUAAAUGGCACUUAGUGAUUUUACCUCAAUUUCUAGCUUUAAAAUAUAGAAGUGGUAAAAGUUGCAGCAAAUUAUACAACAUUUCCAUAGAAACACUUUGGAGGUUGUUUCUCAGUUGGCAUGUCAUCAACUUCUCAGAAGCGUUUUACACGGCUGAAGAACUUUUGUCCGAGCCAUACUGUUUCUUUGAAAACUGUGUUCUAUGCAGCCAUUUUUACUUCCUUGCCAUGCUUCCUAUGCACUCCCCACCCACUUUAAUAGGGACUAAUUAUACCCCUGAUCAUUCAUGCAAUUAUUCAGUCAGCCAAUCAUGUGACAGCAGUACAGUGCAAUGCCAUGGUCAAAGUCCCUGAGGUCAAUUAUUUUCUAUUCCGAUGUUUGACGUGAACACUACCUGAAGGUCUAUAUCUGCAUCAUUUUAUGCACUCCACUGCUACCACAUGCUUGGCCGAUUGGAUAAUUCCAUGAAUCGCCAGGUGUACAAGUAAGUGUUCUUAAUAAAGUGAGCGAGUGUAUACAGAACUGUGCAAAAGUCUCAGACAUAUGUCAAGUAAAUCUGUUCUCUUAUGGAUGCUGCCAUGCAGUUUUAUAAGGUAAGUGAUUUGUAGGUUAUUUCCAGUAUCUCUGAGAACUCUGGACUUUUACUGUCUCGUGUCUCACUUGCUUCACUUUCUGCAACUAAUAUUGGGCCCCUUCAGUGGGCUGGUUGUGGGUGGGGGGUAAGCUGAAAAGUGGCCGAUUACUGCAAAACAGACUGUAGACAUGACUCCUUGGUGGGGGAAGGAAAACAAAACAAAAAAAAAAAAACACUGAACAAACACUCUCCCUUUUUAAUGAUAGGAGCUUAUUACUCCAGUUUGUUCUGUUUGUGCCCAAGUGGUGGUGUGAUCGCACAAAAGGUGCAUGGAAAUUAUACUUGACAAUACCAUGGCAGGUUGUUUUAAUAUUUAAGGAAAGUGUGCCUUCAACCUUCUUGUGGUGCCACUUGUUCUGUAGUAGGAAUUAUAUGCUGCUACUGUGCAUUUACUUUGUAACUGUGUGUGUUUUCUAUUAAUGAAAUCUGCUGAUAAGCUGAUAGGCUAAAUUUUGCAGGAUUUGUAAUUCAAUUUUAAUGCAAAUGCUCGCACCCAUAAUUGCUCAUUCAUACGUUUUGAUUUUGAAUGUCCUUGGCAUUUAGAUACGCGUGUUUUGUUUUUUAUUGAUUGAUUGAUUUCUGACUAAAUACAAGUACUGCUGGGCUGACUUUAGUUUGAGAGACCCUGGGUAGAAUUGUAAUGGCUGCACUUUUUCCAGACACCAAGCCUUAGAAAGCACCACUUUGCCUUGAACUGUAACCCCAAUGAAUGUGCCCUGUUUUUCUCUAGGACGUCUCAACUUUCCUCUUUUAACUGUCUGAGUAGUGCCUUUUUAAUCUGUCUAUUAAAAUGUAUACAUGUUAAUUGA